AUGCCAUCGAUGAAAUUUGUCAUUGCCAUUCAUAAUCAUUCCAAUCCCGAAACACUACUUUCAUGUCCUUGUUGUGGUUGUUUACUUUCGGAUCAUCAUUCGUCCAUAACUUCGCACCACUUGAACUCUCCAAAACGAUCAUCAUCAUUUUCUCUUCAUUCCUCUCCUCUCCUCUCCUCUCAUGGAAAUACCAUUAUAGAUCGAUCUUUACAAUCAUUCAUUCAACAAAUGGAACCUCAAAAUUACGUUUUUCUUCACAGUGCAGCUCUCAACAAGGACACUGCUUUUACCCUUGAGGAUCGAAAGAAAUUUGGAUUGAGAGGUUUGUUGCCACCUCGUGUGGAGACGAUCACUCAUCAAUUAGUGAGAGCUUUGAGACAAUUUCGUUCUUUUAAGAAUCCGUUGGAUAAAUAUAUUUAUUUGAUGAGCUUGCAGAUGCGAAAUCAAACAUUGUUUUUCAGAUUGUUAGUUGACAAUAUGGUGGAAAUGUUGCCUAUCGUCUACACACCUACUGUCGGUGAUGCUUGUCUUCAAUUUGAUCAAAUCUGGCGUGUCUCUCAAGGAAUGUACAUCUCCCUUGAAGACAAGGGCUCCAUUCCAGAAAUUCUCAAAAACUGGAACAAGACACCUGACAUUAUUGUCGUUUCUGACGGUUCUAGAAUUCUCGGUCUUGGAGAUUUGGGUGCCAACGGAAUGGGUAUUCCAAUUGGAAAACUCAAUCUCUACGUUGCUGCAGCUGGAUUCCAUCCAGAGAAGACUCUUCCAAUUUUGAUCGACGUUGGAACUAACAAUGAAGGAUUAUUGGCUGAUGAAUUGUAUUUGGGAUUGAAAAGAAAGAGAGUGAGAGGACCUGAAUUUUAUGAACUCAUGUCUGAAUUUAUGAGUAGUGUGAAAAAGCAAUGGCCUAAUUGUUUGGUGCAAUUUGAAGAUUUUUCAAAUGAUGUUUGUUUUGAUUUAUUGGAUCAAUAUAGAGAUGUGCAAUUGUGUUUCAAUGAUGAUAUUCAAGGAACUGGAGCUGUUAUUGUCGCUGGAUUUUUGAAUGCGGCCAAAAUUACUGGUAAAAGAGCCUAUCAACACAAAUUACUUUUCAUGGGAGCUGGUUCAGCUGCUACUGGAGUUGCCGAUCAAUGUUUGGGUGUUAUGAAAAUUCAAGCAGAACAAGAUGGAACUCCAAAAGAACAAAUUGAAACUGAUUCUGAACAUUGGAUUUAUUUGGUAGAUUCCAAAGGAUUGGUCACUCAAACUCGUUCUGAUUACAAUGACAUGCCACAUCAUAAGAAGAAGUAUGCCAAGAAGGGAGAUGAGACUUUGGGAAAUUUCCAAUCGAAUUCCUUGUUGGAAAUUAUUAAGAAGGUGAAACCUACUGCAAUUAUUGGGUUGUGUGGACAAUCUGGAGUUUUCACAAAGGAAGUCAUUCAAGAAGUUUCCAAAUUGAAUGAAAAGCCAAUCGUAUUCGCUCUAUCAAAUCCAACCAAGAACUCGGAAUGCACUGCAAGAGAAGCUAUUGAAUAUUCUGAUGGAAGAGCAAUCUUUGCCUCUGGAUCUCCAUUUGACGAUGUCGAAUAUAAUGGAAAGAUUUAUCAACUCAGUCAAGGAAAUAACUUGUACAUUUUCCCUGCACUUGGAUUGGGAGCAGUCGUAUCGAAAUCUCGUCAUGUGACUGACCACAUGAUUUUGAAAGCAGCUCAAACCUUGUCCGAUCUCACUGAUGAAGAUCGAUUGCAAAAGGGACUCUUGUAUCCAAGUUUGACAAACAUUAGACCGAUUGCCCAAAAGAUUGCCAUUGAAGUUGCAAAACAAAGUGUCAAAGAAGGAAUGUCACAAUUAGAAGAAAGUGAAAUCCCAAAGAAUGAUGAAGAAUGGGAACAACUUGUGAAAAGUCACGUUUAUAUGCCAGAUUAUGUGGAUUCUAAAUUGUAA